AUGUCGCUGCACCAUAAACCUGUCCGUCAGGACUAUAUCGCCAAGGUUCGCUACACCAACAACUUACCUCCACCACCACUAAACCCACGGUUUAUCAAGUACAACACAACACAAUCGCUCACAUUGCAACAGGAGAAUGAUGCGCUCAUGAGCUCCUUGUUGCGAAAGGAGUAUAUGGCACUGUUGAUUGGCCAGAUCGACGAGGAGUUUGGAAUGCCUGUCAAUCCACUCGAGUUGCCCGACUACUCGCUGGCUUUGCAAGGGAAGAGUGUUAACGAUGUCCCUCUACAUGCUAGCGAUCGUGCGCUUUUGAGAGAUGCUGGAAUUGGUAACAUUAACAAGUCUGAGCCAGGUGUUAGUUUCCUUCGUAGAACAGAGUACAUUGCCGAGCGUACUGCUUCAAAACAAGACGACCGCGCCGAAGGUCUGGGUAAAACGUCUGGUGAGGAGAAGACGGAUCCAGACUCGCAACUUCGUGCCGUUGAGGCUAGCUUUGAGCACGCUCAGGAGUCAUUGACCAACUUCGCUGCUUUGAAGCAUCCUCGCAAGAAGCACUUGAAGCCUGUAGGCGCUUUCCCGCUUCUACCCGAUACGUCUAUGAUGGACAUGCAACUUUUGACUAUCAAAUUUGCAGGUUCUGCCUCCUUGGUUAGAGAGUUGGAGUUGAAGAAGAGACAAGAGGGUAGCCGGUACGACGGUGAAUUCCACACAAAAGCCUUGAAGAGCGCUAUUUUCAAGCCCAUCACUUCUGAAGACGGUGAAUGGGUCAGUUUGUACCAGCUUAAGGACAAAGGUGCCGUUGAAGAUAUGAACAAACAGUUGCAAUCUACCGAGAAGGAGCAGCCGAUGAAUCUUCUUGAUGAAGAGGAAGACACUGCAAAGCCAUUUGUCUACAGACAUUUCAAGAACUAUGAUAUGCACUUCCACCGUCAUUCUAAGCCUUACGAAGAAAUGGCACUCAAAUUUGUCCCUGUGGAUGGAAACCCUAAAAAACGCUCCGCCGCUUUGUACUACCCUAUUACUGGAAGAGUAGAGUUGAAGAAGCACAGAGCAUCAAACAAUACGGAAAUCAACAGAUUCCUUGAUGACAGCACUGCCGACAUUAUCAAUUUCAGAUUACGUGAGCCAAACACUAAUGAGUUGAAGAAAAUGGAUCUUGCUCGUUCGGAGUACGAUCCUAUGGAGUACGAUGGUGAGGAAGAAGAAGAGGAGGAAGAGGAUGCUGAGGAUGCUGGUGUCGCUGCAGAUGAGCAAGAGGAGCCUGUCGCCAAGGUUGAGGAACAGGAUGAAAGCGAGGCUGAUGCCUAA